ACUUCAGAAAGCAUAAACACAAGCCAAUAUUCCAAACACCCCUUAAAAGUUGCCUAGGAAAUAAACUGCUUUCAGUUUCAGGUGCUACGCAAAGCCGCUACUAGUUGUACAAAUCCAGUCUGAUCCGGCGGGAAUUGAAUCUCCAUGGCAGCUACUGAUCCGUUUUAUUCAGCAAAGCUGAUAGCUACUCUUAUGGCUGUGGCACUUGCCGCUGUUGUGAGCGGAAAUUCGGAAGGGGACGCGCUGUACGCUCUACGGCAAAGCUUGUCGGACCCCAACAACGCGCUCCAGAGCUGGGAUCCCAAUCUCGUCUACCCUUGCACCUGGUUCCAUGUCACCUGUGACCAAAACAACCAUGUCACUCGCCUGGACCUUGGCAAUUCAAACUUAUCUGGUCACCUGGUGCCUGAUCUUGGGAAGCUCGAACAUUUGCAAUACCUGGAGCUUUACAAGAACAACAUUCAUGGGACAAUUCCUAAAGAACUUGGCAACUUGAAGAACCUCAUAAGUUUAGAUCUGUACAACAACAAUAUCUCAGGGACUAUUCCUCGUUCGUUGGGGAAACUGAAAAAACUUGUGUUCCUGCGUAUUAACAAUAAUAAGUUAAGUGGGCCAAUCCCACGGGAGCUUGCUAGUGUCUCUACCCUUAAAGUCAUGGAUGUGUCAAACAACGAUCUGUGUGGAACGAUUCCAACUUCUGGUCCAUUUGAGCAUAUUCCACUGAACAACUUUGAGAACAAUCCUCGAAUGGAAGGUCCAGAGUUGAUGGGACUUGCAAGUUAUGAGACAAACUGCUCUUAAAUCUGAGAGUUCUUGAAGUUCACAUCCCAUAUUUCCAUUUCCAUAUCUAAGCAGCUAAGCUUGUGUGUAUGUGUAGUGCAGUAAUAUGAUUGAAUGUUGUACUUGUAAAAUAAAAUACCCUCACUUGAGACUUUAGUUUUGUCCUUUUCAACCAUUUGAUCCUUAGAGGUAGUCCUGCUUUCAAUAUAAAAACGAACUUGUUGAAGUUCUCAUUCAGUGUUCUUCAAUCAACUAUUACCCUUUUAAUCUCAGGUGUUUGUAUGUUGAAUAUUCAUCUUAUGUGGGCUCAUUUUUGCUGUUCACUAGAAAUUUUAGUAUAAUUUUAAAGUGUUUACAUUUAAAAUA